CUGCCACUCCCGCUCUCCUACCUUACACAAAAGAUGGCCAUCAAGCGGCCAAGAUCCCGUGACGACUCAAACCAUCAACAGCCCUCCAAGAAACCAACCCCUCCCUCUAGGCGCGAGUAUAGGUGCGCCAGGUGCUUCUGCGUUCUGAAGCGCGAAGACAGUAUUCAGCGUCAUUUCAGACGAAAGACACCAUGCGAGGCUCCGGAAGGUCAUGAUACCAUGACAUACCAGGAUAGAAUCGAGUUCAGAUACCCUCCUGACUCGCCGUCCGCCGAGUCAUCGGCUGAGUCCCACUCCGAAGCCACCUUGCCGUCUUCGAAUGGAGAACCUUCCGCGUUACCCCACUCCCAUCUCACGUCAGCAUGUUCUUCUGCGUCGGCAAGUUGUUCCACACCUGCAGACCCUUCCGCCGCUGGUCCCUCUACACCUUCAUGUUCUUCCGUCCCUGCAAGAAGCUCCUCGUCCAUUAAUCAGGCGGCGGAAACAACGGGUGGUGUUGGAGGCAAUGAGGGCCUCUCACCGUCCCCACUUGUGGGGCCUAAUGUGGCAUCGACUUUUGCUUUGGACGACGGAGACUUGCGGAAUCCGUCCCCAGGCUCGGAAGAGGGCAUCCAAUGUCACGAAGUCGCUCCAGGAGAACCUUCAGCCACGUUUUCCCGAGAUGAGUGUGUCGCUGCGCAGCCUCGCGAGCCGCACCUGGAUGCUGCUUGUCCUGACCGUAGGGCGGCGUACAUUUAUCAACUCGCACCCGCCCUGCUUGAUAGGGCACUGAGGCGCGACGUUCGCUACAGCGAAGAGGCCGUUGAAGAGCAGAACAUACUGCUCUGGUAUCUGGUUGGGUCCUGGCCGUACGGAGGGCCUCCACAAGAAAUGACUUUCGAUCCUCGCGUGCCCCCGCCUCAUGUGCGAGAAUGGUUGAAUUUCUUUGAUUUCGAGGCCUUUGAGAGAGAUGGCAAGAGGAAGGAAGAUCAAGACCGGGCUCCACAUAGCGCAUGAAAAGGACCGCCGCCACUUCUCUAUGCCGUGUGGCGUCUAGCUCGGCACAGCUUUCCUGGUCAAUCAUCAGGGGCCACCGCAGCAUUCCCCCACCGUCAUGUCCUGCAAAUUGCUUUCCUUAAGUUCACGUAAUUUUCUCAUUCAUACGUUCACAACUAUUGUGGAAGUAUCCAGAUGUUGUGUUCU